CCUCCUCCUCCUCCAUUAAAAUGCUCCUCCUCCGCAAUUCGGCCUGCUCACCAAGCCCCAAGAAAAAACACAGAACCUUCCCCCCCUCUCCAUUAUAAACCUCCUCCUCCUCCAUUAAAAUGCUCCUCCUCCGCAAUUCGCCCCCUUUGCUCCAUUAAAAUGCUCCUCCUCCGUAAUUCGCCCCCUUUGCUCCGUUAAAAUGCUCCUCCUCCUCGGCAGAGGACUCCAUCUUCUACUCCUACACCAAAAGCAUCAAUGGCUUCGCAACAGACCUCGAAGAAGACGAAGUGAAGGAGAUUGAGAUCCCGAACAAUCCUUCAACCAGCUCUCAGAAAGAGAAGGCGGCAGGGCAUAGCGGUGCACCAUAGCAUUAAUAGAUGGCACCCGGGAAUGAUGAUUUCAGUGCCGCAGGACCCUUUCAUAUCCAUUCUCUUUGCUGGUGUGAUCCAUAUCAAAAAAGAGCGGUCAUGGCAAGUUUAGUGAAAGGAGUAAGCGUCAUGGAAAAAGAUCGGGUAAAGGGCCGACGCGGCCAUCUUGCAUUAGCCCCACUUUGGUGGAAGUUCUUCGGUUUCGAGCUAGAGAGCGAGAUCAAAGAUGAUGCCGGUUCCAUGAUAAUUGGUGCCAUCUACAAGUUCAAAUCAACAGAUUGCGGUGGGACUGUUAGCAGCUUGCAGGUUCAGAAUGGCCCUCCCAGCUAUGUCUUUGCCUUUAGGGGUACAAUCCGUACCACAAUGAGAGACUGGAAGGAUAAUUUCAAGUGCCUUUGCCACCACCUCCACAAUAGCUACCGCUUUAAGGUCGCGAAGGAGAAGGUCUGGGAACUUGUUAGUACUUUAGGACCAUCGAGAAUCUGUUUGGCUGGGUAUUCUUUAGGUUCGGCGUGCUCAAUGCUCAUUGGGAAGGAGAUGGCAAGGUCAGGUUUCAUCCUUGAGACAUACCUUUUCAACUCGCCAUUCAUAUCCAUUCCGAUUGAGUACUGGAUCAGCCCUAAGGUCAGCCGUGCAGUCGACACUGUUAGCAGCAUCACAAAGUUUGGAGUUGCCCAUGUGGUCAAGUCUUUGCAUGGCCGACCAGUGCUCGACAGUAGUUUCAUGGCCCUGUCGAAGUGGGUCCCACACAUUCUCGUGAGCCCAUACGACCCUAUCUGUUCCGGCUACAUCAAGUACUUUGAGCGGCGAAAUUUCAUGAAAUCUAAGGGACUCGGGAAGUUGGAGAACAUCGCGACUCAGAAUUCCUACAAAUCUCUGGUCUCUGAUGCACUGAAACUGGGGUGGGAUUUUGAACCGGUGGAUAUCCUCCCUUCUGCAGAUCUAAUCAUUAAUACGGAUAAAAAAGAAGGUAUUGUCGAUGCUCAUAAACUUAAGCACUGGUGGCAUCCCCAGACCCGGUGCCAAUCGUCGAGUCAUUCACUAAGCUAAUGUUGUGUUUGUUGGGGGUUAUUAGUGUAUAUAAACUAUAUGAAAUGGCCGGCAUUGCAAGUCCUGGCUGGUAUCGUAUAUUUCAAGUCAUCAUUCCAAUCGAUGCGGUAUGGAAUGAAAUAGUAUCAUCCUGAAUUAGGUAUGUAGGUUAUUUGUCAAGAGCCUUACUUUGCCAACUUAAUAUAUAUGUAAUUUGGGGGUUUAGUGUUCUCUAAAUGUUCAUUGAUAAUAA